AUGCGGCCCAGCAAUCUCGCGGUCGCCGUCGCGGCCACCGUGGCAUCCACGGCGCAGGCAUGCGCCUCACCGCCGACGAGCAACAGCCAAAGCGGCACGCCCCUCGCGACCAUGCACCAGGGCUUCAACUACGGCAACAGCAACAGCACGGGCGGCUGCCGCACGCACGACGACUACACGCGGCUCUUCAACCUCGCGCGGUCUCUGCCCGCGCCCGGCCAGGACGUGGCCUUCACCUCGGCGCGGCUGUACACGAGCAUAGAAUGCGGCACCGAGGGCUCGGCGGCGCCCAGGCCCAUCUCGGCCUUCCAGGCCGCCGUCGACACCAACACCACCCUGCUCGUCGGGCUGUGGGCCAGCUCCGGCCAGGACGGCUUCACCCGGGAGCUCAACACGCUGGUCGCCGCCCUCGCCGACCCGGGCUACGGCGCCCAGCUGGCGGCGCUGGUGGUCGGCGUCGCCGUGGGGUCCGAGGACAUGUUCCGCGCCGACGCCAUCGCCCGCGGCACCUGCGGGCCCGACGUGGCGCACUGCCAAGCCGGCGCGACGGCUGGGGAGAUCGCGGCGUACGUGCAGCAGGCUCGGGCCGCGCUGCAGGGCACGGCGCUGGCGGGGGUCGCCAUCGGGCACGUGGACACACCCGCGGCGUGGCUGUUGGAUGGGGCGGCGGCGCUGGUGCAGCAGUUGGAUUGGGUCGGGCACAACUCGUACCCGUACUGGGAGGCGAGCGGUCAGGAUAAUGGGAUCGAUACGGCCGGUGGGAGGUUUGAUGGCGCUUUGGGGAUUACCAUUGGUGCUGCGGGAAGCCGGCCUGUUUGGGUCACGGAGACUGGGUGGCCUUCGAGCGGUCCAAAAUCCGGAAAUGCCGAGGCGUCACCGGCCAACGCCAUGAAGUACUGGGACGAGGUGGGGCGGCAACGGCUUUUUGGGCAGCGCUGCACUUGGUGGUACAUUUUGGAAGACAGUAAUCCGGACCAGUCGGCUUUAUCAUUUGCGAUAUGGGACACAAACACGGGCCAGACAAGGUUUGCUCUAGAUGGUUCAGGAGGAUGA